AUGUCUUGCAAGAAAAUUGAAUGUAUAACAGUGAAAUAUUACCGUGCUGGUACACCUUAUUUACCACCAGAAGCAAUCGAAGAAAUCAUUCAAUCUAGAGGGAGUAUUAAAAAUGCAUCUAAAACAAUGGCAGAUAAAUAUAAAACGUCAACUCGCCGAGUGUAUGAAAUUUGGAAAAGACAUGCCAAAGGUUUACCAUUACGCAAACAACAGAUGAUAUAUUCCAAAUCGGAUUUACAGAACAAUAAUUCUUUUGAUAUGCAAAUAAAAAAGGAAUUCAAACCCGUUCAUAUUUCUGAACCAAUUCCCAAUAGUGCCCCAUC